AUGGCAAUUCGAAGGCUUUCGCAGCUCUUGCUACCUAUUCUUCUUGUUCUAUCCGUUUCUUGCAUAGCCUCAGCUUCAUCCUCAGCCCCUGACAACUUUGUUUCAUGUCUUCUAAGCCAUUCGCUCCCUUCUCACCCAAUCGGUCCAGCAAUUUACACUCCCAACAAUGCUUCAUACUCCUCCGUUUUGGAAUCCUACAUCCGAAACCUCCGAUUCAACGAAUCAUACACCCGAAAACCUUACCUCAUCAUCACUGCGUUGCAUGUAUCUCAUGUCCAACAAGUCAUUCUUUGUGCUCAGAAGCACAACUUACAGAUGAAAAUUAGAAGCGGAGGCCACGAUUACGAGGGUGUGUCGUAUGUGGCUGAAGUCCCAUUCUUCAUCCUCGACCUCUUUAAUCUCCGAACCAUCAAUGUAGACAUCAAAACCGAGACUGCAUGGGUCCAGGCCGGUGCUACUCUAGGCGAAGUUUACUACAGAAUUCACGAGAAAAGCAAAGUCCAUGGAUUUCCGGCCGGUGUUUGCCCCACAGUCGGUGUUGGAGGACUCUUCAGUGGCGGUGGAUAUGGUGUCAUGUUGAGAAAGUACGGCUUGUCAGUUGAUAACAUAGUCGAUGCACAAAUAGUUGAUGUGCAUGGAAGACUUCUUGAUCGAAAAUCUAUGGGAGAAGACCUCUUUUGGGCCAUAACCGGAGGCGGAGGAGCCAGCUUUGGAGUGGUUAUCGCGUACAAGAUCAACCUUGUACCCGUCCCAGAAACCGUUACUGUUUUCAAGGUUAUAAGAACCUUGGAACAGAACGCUACGGACAUUGUGUACCAUUGGCAAUAUGUCGCACAUAAGCUUGACAAUGACUUGUUCAUCAGGCUUACCAUGGAUGUUGUCAAUGUAACUGGCUCCCAAACUGGAGAAAAGACACUAAGAGCUACAUUCAUGGCCUUGUUUCUUGGAGACUCCGCGAGACUACUCUCGGUGAUGAACAAGAGUUUCCCUGAGUUGGGUUUGAAGCAAUCUGAUUGCCAAGAAAUGAGUUGGGUUGAAUCGACCCUUUUCUGGACAAGCUUCCCAAAUGGGACAGCUCUGGACGCUUUGCUUCGUAGAGAUCCUCAAGUACUUACCCACUUAAAGAGGAAAUCGGACUACGUCAAGCAGCCAAUUCCGAAAGCUGGUUUGAAGUGGAUUAUUCAGAAAAUGAUCGAGUUGCAGACGCCCAUGUUGACUUUCAAUCCUUACGGCGGAAGAAUGGCUGAGAUUGCAGCAUCUGCAAAGCCUUUUCCACAUAGAGCUGGGAAUCUCUGGAAGGUUCAGUAUGCAACAAACUGGAACGCUUCUGGGUCCGAAGCUGCGGAGAAAUAUAUCGAUUUGACGAGGAAGUUGUUCAAGUACAUGACUCCUUUUGUUUCCAAGAACCCGAGAGAGGCGUUCUUCAACUAUAAAGAUCUUGACAUUGGGAUCAACCACAAUGACAAGGGAAGCUACUUUGAGGGAAGAGUUUAUGGUGUCAAAUAUUUCAAGGAAAAUUUCGAUAAGUUGGUGCUUAUUAAGACCAAGGUUGAUCCAGGUAAUUUCUUUAGGAAUGAACAAAGUAUCCCUACUCUUCCAUACUAAAGGAAAUAGCUAGCCAGCACCUAGCAUGCAUGGGAUGGUAAAACGAUAUACGUUUGAGUUGUGUGGUUUGUUAAAUUUGUAGUAUUAACUUCUGAGCUGUUUGAUUAAUAGCUUCGGAUUGACUAUGUAUAUGUUCAAUUCUAUGUAGUAUACCUUUUCAAUUUGUUUGU